UUCAAGAUGGCAGAACCGAUUGAAGCUGCCCCAAACAAGCCUAAAAAGUCAGGCAGACUGUACUGUAAGGCUGUCUUCACUGGGUACAAGCGAGGCUUGAGGAAUCAGCAUGAGAACACGGCACUCCUGAAAAUUGAGGGAGUCUCGUCCAAGACGGAAACAGACUUCUAUCUGGGGAAAAAAUGCUGCUACGUGUACAAGGCCAGAACGAAGACUGCCUGCCCUGGCCACGACAAAGCCAGCCGUAUCCGUGUUAUUUGGGGGAAGAUCACCAGACCACAUGGCUGCAGUGGUGCAGUCAGAGCCAAGUUUGCCAAAAACCUGCCGGCAAAGGCUAUGGGACGCCGAAUUAGAGUGAUGCUGUAUCCCUCAAGAAUUUAAUCACCACGAAGGAAUGAGAGUGUUGAAAAUAAACUUAUGGCAGGUGUAAA